AAGAAGAAAGCCGGACGGCUGGUGAGUGACGAGCAGGUUUCACUGCCUUCAGGAGACUCGUCGCUGAUCCUGAUCCUGGUGGCACCAUGUUUCCUGUCCUGCUGGUCCUGCUGCCGGCAGCGCUCAGCUCAGCUGCUCCACCUGAAGACAGCACUGGUCUGAAAUUCACUGUUGCUUUUCCGGAGAACAUCGCCUAUUAUCAUCCUAAUAAGCCCGAAAACAAGAUCAAGAUCACCGCCUUGUAUAAUAACACAGAGGUCAUCAUCAAGAAGUAUACCAGCUACAUCACAGGACAGACACUGAGCUCAGGACAGACCUGGGAAUACGCACCUGCCGCGGGUCUGGAACUCGCCCGGGCAAAAAUCUCCAACCACACUCUUCAAAUCACCGGCACCAAGACAAUCACCGUCCAUGUCGUCUUCCUUAAAAACAGCAGUGUCCAGACGACUCUGGUUAUACCCACUGACAAACUGGGCACAGAGUAUCUCAUCCCACCGGUACCGCUGAUUGAAGGAACCACUCAUCCCGCCGCUAAUGUCACAGUAGAUGUAACAGAAAGAGGUCCCUUCAGGCUCAUCAUCAUCAAUACAGACCAAAAAAACAAGGUAACUAUUCAAGGUGCGGUGCCCAAGGAUGUUUGGCUUCAGCCCCACCAGGUCACUCAGGUCUGGGUUAAACAAGAGGAGGCGUUACAAGCUGUGAAAGCUGAGCAGCCGGUGGCGGUCCUCUUCGGUCACACCUGUGCCAUCAGGCACAGCUGCACCUGUGGGCAGCUGUACACCAUGCUGCCGCCGGCCAGCGAAGAGCACCUGAAGUUCUACGUCCCUCCUGUUCUGGCCAAGGACGCUGAAGGACAGCUGGCACCGCAGUCCUCUACCGCCCGGGCUUACUCCUCACUCUAA